GGCCUCCGUUCGAUGUCGACUCUAGCCGGUCGAUCCAAGAGAUAUCCCUAUGGUAGGUUCGAAGAUGCUGUCCUCCUCUCUGGCGCUUGGCUUGCUGUUGCCCGCCCUUUCUUGGGGUACGCCCGUGCGGCGCAGUAUGCAAACGCUAGAGUCGCGUUCGAAUCCUCCUUCGGGAUACACCCAGACAGGGCCCGCCGAUCCCGAUACCGUCCUCACCUUACGUCUCGCUCUCGUGCAGAGCGACUACGACGGGCUCAUCGAUGCAUUGUACGACGUCAGCACUCCUUCGAGCGCGCACUAUGGCGAGUAUCUCAGCAAGGAAGAGGCAUCGGCAUAUAUGGCACCGACGAACAAGAGCACAUCAGCCGUCAAUGCGUGGUUGAACGAGAAUGGCCUGCAAGCAACAGUCCUGUCUGCGGCUGGCGACUGGCUCUCAGUCCAGCUACCCGUCAGCACAGCCAAUGAUCUUCUUGAAGCGGACUUCUCCGUAUUCACACAUGCUGUGACCGGAAAGCAGGCCGUGAGGACGCUUACCUACUCUAUCCCUACCGACCUUGCGGACCAUCUUGCUUUGGUGCAUCCUACCGUAUCGUUCCCGAACCCAAACGGCUAUAUGCCUAUCACGAACUUCUCAUCCUCGGGCCUCACGCCCGAGGCUGAUACGGGCCCCUGCGAUAUCAACUCCAUCACUCCCGCGUGUCUACAGUGGUUGUACGGCAUUCCGACGACGCCUGCAACGAACAAAGAGAAUCGCCUGGCUGUGACAGGCUAUGUCGAAGAAUGGCCAUCAGUGGCGGAUCUCUCGGCGUUCUUGGCCGAUUACCGUCCGGAUAUCGACUCUGCAACGUCUUGGACGCUCGUAACGCUUGAUAACGGCUCCGACCCGCAGGGUCCUUAUGAUGCAGGCCUCGAAGCGAAUCUCGACACACAAUACACAAUUGGUCUUGCAACAGACGUGCCUGUUACGUUCAUUUCUGCCGGUGAUAAUUUCGACCCUACGGACAACGAAUUCGCACAAACACUGCUCGACACCGCAUUAUACCUGUUGGCGCUACCAUCACCUCCACAGGUGGUGACAACGAGCUAUGGCGACGAUGAAGAGCACAUCUCACAGGCUCUUGCAGUUGCUCUGUGCGCCACCUAUGCGGGGUUGAGCGCGCGUGGCGUCUCCGUAGUAUUUGCUUCGGGUGACGGUGGAGUCUCUGGCCUGCAUUUCCAGGAAUGCACGACUUUCAUCCCGACUUUCCCAUCCGGAUGCCCCUUCCUUACUUCGGUUGGCGGAACGGUCAACAUCCCGGAGGAGGCCGUUUACUUCUCGAGUGGAGGCUUCUCGACUUUCUUUGACCGGCCGUUUUACCAGGAAAGUGCGGUCGUAGAAUAUCUGUCCUUUGUCGGAGACACCAACGCAGGAUUGUACAACCCGAGUGGGCGCGCAUUCCCGGACGUGGCCGCUUACUCUGUUGCCUUUGACAUCGUCAUCGACGACUACGAGACCGGCGUCGACGGGACAAGUUGCUCAAGCCCGACUUUCGCGAGUAUCAUCUCCUUGCUGAACGAUGAGCUGAUCUCGGCGGGACGUCCUGUGCUUGGAUUCUUGAACCCGUGGCUGUACUCGGCUGCGUGGGCGCUGAACGAUAUCACGGUUGGUGACAACUAUGCCUGCUCAGACGGUACCACUGGUUUUAAUGCUACAGCUGGAUGGGAUGCGGUGACGGGGUUGGGUACGCCGAACUACGCGAAGCUGAAGGCGGCACUGGGCUUGUAGAGGUCUUCGGACUCUGCUGGUGGACUUGAACGUGUGUUAGGGAUUGGAUUCCGGUAUGUGGUAUUGAUGCGUCAUGGACAGUGCAAUCGGUAGUGUCGAACUCUGCGGUAUGUAGUAGAGCAGUUUUACGAAUGGUACGCGUACGGCUCCUUCACUCCUCCAGCUUCAUUGCAGAACCAUUGCGGCACGCCGUGUUCCUCUCGCUUAUCUCUGCCUCUUG